AUGUUGGUCACUUUUAAGACCAUUGCGCAAGUGAGCUUUGAGAUCGAAUUGGAUCCUCAUUUAACGAUUGGCGAAGUGAAAGCAAAAAUAGCUGAAGAGAAGGGUGAAGUGGAAUAUCCCACUGAAUGCCAAAAACUUAUCUACAAUGGGAAAGUUCUUGACGAUGCUCAGACAGUUGAGGAAGUGAUGAUCGAUCCUUCGAAAUUUGUUGUCGUUAUGAUUGCAAGAAAAAAGCCUAUCGGAGCUCCUGUCGAAUCGACCCCGCAGCCGUCAAAUUUGCAAAUACCUGCAGGUGCACAAGUUACGACAGCUCCAGUUUCUGUAGCAGAUAGUGGUCCAUCGACGCCACAGAAUCCAGAUGAUUUAACCCCCGAACAAGAGGAAACAGCUCAAGCAAUUGUGGCAAUGGGCUAUCCUCGUGAUAAAGUGAUUCGAGCUUUGCGGGCGUCAUUUUUUAACGGUGAUCGUGCUGUCGAAUAUUUAUGUUCAGGAAUACCAGAGGAAGAGGAUUUAGGAGGACAUCAGGAAUCAGCGGAACACGAGGAAGGAGAGCGAGCACAAGGUCUAGGUCUCGAUUUCUUACGUCAAUUACCGCAGUUUGAGCAGCUUCGAGAACUGGUUCAGUCUAACCCUGCUAUUCUUCCCCAAAUCAUUCAACAAAUAGCUCAGUCGAAUCCAGCACUUAUGGAGGCUAUUCAAAAUAAUCAAGAAGAAUUUGUCAAUUUAUUAAAUAAUGGUUCUGUUAGUAGCGGUGGUGGUGGUGUAGCACCUUCCGCUGGAGAACAACGCCAGGUUGCUAUUCAUGUUACUGAAGCCGAACGAGAUGCAAUUAAUCGGCUAAAAUCCAUGGGUUUCCCAGAACAGUUGGUUAUCGAGGCAUAUUUUGCGUGCGAUAAAAAUGAAGACCUUGCUGCUAAUUAUAUACUGGCUCGUAUGGAUGAAGCAGCGGCGGAACUUGAUGCACUGGAACAUCAAAGUGAAGAAAGUCACGGACCUUAG